GAACCUUGAACGAUAACUACAUGCUCCACAACCGAUAUGCUGAUUUCCUUUACCAUGGUACAUUCCUGAAUGCUAAAAGCUGACAACGAAUAUCUAUGCCAUCAACAAAAGCACCAGUAGCUUUAUCUUCGGUAAAGAUAACCUUCCUUGGGACUGCUUCUGCCCAGCCGUCGAGUACAAGAAAUCACUCAUGUUUAGCUUUACAUCUCGAUGGCGACGUAUGGCUUUUCGAUUGUGGCGAAGCUACCCAGCAUCGCAUACAACGAAGCAACGUAAAAAUGGGGAGGAUACAGAAAAUAUUCAUAACCCAUACUCAUGGCGACCAUAUAUUUGGUGUUUUACCACUUCUUGCAAGCCGACUAAACGGUGCAGGAGGUACGACUGGAGGAGCUGACGAUCCUCGCUUGCGUUCCGAGUCCGAUGAAGAAAGCCAGCCUAUAGAAAUAUAUGGUCCCCUGGGCACUCGAGCAUAUAUCCGGAAUGGUCUAACAUAUACCUAUACCAUCCUCGGGUCACCGUAUGUAGUGCAUGAACUCCGUUUCCCUACAGACCCUCCUGGUGACUAUACGUCACUACCUCGCCAUGCUGCCGAACUUCCUACUGGUCGGGACAUCCGUCAAGUUGAUGGCAUUUGGUCGGAUAUCUUUACAAACGACUUCAUCACUGUUUCUGCUGCGCCUAUACUGCAUUCUGUUCCCUGCGUCGGGUAUGUUGUGACUGAGCGACCAGUUCCAGGGAAGAUGGAUCCAAAACAAUACAUCCCUGCCAUUAAACGGACAAAAACUCCCAUGUCCGUUAUGAGCCGUUUACAGCAGGGUGAAAGUAUCGAGCUCUCGGAUGGCACGGUACUUCAUGGCCCGCCGCGUCGACCCGGUAGGAAGAUUGUCAUCCUCGGCGAUACCUACGAUCCAUCUCCCAUUUCGACACUUGCUGCGGGUGCCGAUCUCCUCAUCCAUGAAGCAACCAAUGCUCACCUACCCGGGAUUGAUCCCAAUACCAAAGACGACGAUACCUACGAAACUGUUGAAACAAGGUCCAAAUCUCGGGGCCAUUCCACCCCUCAGAUGGCAGGGGCAUUUGCGAAACGAAUUGGCGCAAAACGACUUGUGUUGAAUCAUUUUUCACCCCGAUAUGCAGGAGAUGAUGAUGUCAAUGAGGAAACGGCUAGAAUCAUGAACGCCAUCGGUUCGCUCGCUGCAGAGGACUAUGGCGGUAGCGUGAUAUGUGCUAGAGAUCUUAUGUCGAUAGACAUAGAACUUUCGAAGUAAUAGCAUUCCAGAUAUGGGAGAAAACACAGAGCAUGAUGACAAAAUACAUAAGUAGGAACCUGCGAUGGUUCUACCGUUUUCUACGCUUUGGAAGAGGCCCGGUUGCAGAGGUGUCGACAGAGGAUAUUGAGGAUCGUCGUGACUAUUGGAAGUAAGCAUCGCGGAUAACAAGUGAAGACGUAGGGAACGAACCUGCUUGUAUCCCUUGAUACUCCUUGUGCUCCUCGUACUGACGACACUCGGUGCUCUUCCAUCUUCCAUCUCAUCUUCCACCCCUUCUGCAUCUUCAUCCACAUCCAUACCCGACGGCGUUCCAGCUGCAUCUUCCUCACCUUCAUUCGCUUGACUUGACAAGCGCAUUUUAGCGAUUCGGAUAUCCUGCUCGACCUUAUCCACGCAUUUCUUCGUCUCUACCAACGCCGCUGCGGCUUCGAUCAGGCUUUCCAGCUGAGCGCAGUUCUCCUUCGUAGGCAUUACAAGACGGGUAUGGGAGAUACCAAGUUCGCCGAGAAUUUGGGCAAUCUUGGCAGCCACUGCCGACUUUGGUGCUGGAAGUUUAAGACCUCUCAAGUAGACAGGAGUAUGCGCGGCUUUGUUGGAGGUCGUUUGAGGGGCCUCAGUACGAAUGAUACAAUGCAAGGCAUCUAGAUGUUGACAUGUGCAAUUAGCCAUUGUGGUUUCUUGUUGUAGGGAAACGUAAAAGACAUACCGUAUGCAGCACUC